UAUCUAUUUUUGGGGAAGUAAAGCAAAUUUUGUGUUCACAAACAAACGCGAAUUAAAUAACGGAGCACAACUACCUACUACUGAAACUCCGAUCACCGGAUGAAAUUUCCGGUGGCCGGAUUUCCGUCUGAGAGAAAACCGCGCAACGUAUUAGAAUAGAUUCGACCCCCUCAUGGAUUCGCCGGAGAAUAGCGAAGAAGAGCUGAGGGAUUGCAGCGACGACGGCGGCGGCACCACUCUCCGUCGCUCGUUUAUCCGUUCGUGCUUCGCCGUCGCUUUCGCUUUCGUAAUCAUUUUGCUGCUUUCAUUUUCGGUUCUGUACUUCGCUGUUUUGAUCGGGAAUUUAUCAAUUUGGAGCCCGAUUUCGGUUCAGUCUCGCUGCAAGAUAGUUUCCAGCAGUGUGGAUCUGAGGUCAUCCAAGGUCUGUGAAUUAGGUCUUCUGAAUUAUAAAGGCAAACAUGUGUUUUACUCUUUUGAGCGGAAAAAGUAUCGGUGCCAUUAUGACUACUACUGGGCUUCUGUUUUUGAGGUUGAAUAUGUAGAUCAUUCAGGACAAGCAAGGUUUGCAUCAGCAGAAGCCCCAAAUGAAGCUCUUCCAUAUAACUGUAGACCCAAUUUUGGUGCUGCCUGGUUGACCAAGGAUAAAUUUAAGGUAAAUGAAACGUACGAGUGCUGGUACACUCUGGGUAUUUCUAAGGUUAAUAUAAAUAAUGACGGUUUAUUCAAUUGCCAAGCUGAGGAUCCUUCUACUGUUGAGAUGCUCAAAAGAUAUUCCAUACUAUAACUGAAAAUAUCGGUGUCAACUUGUCAUGGAGUACUAUUUAGUUAUAAGAGCAGUCCUAUGUUGUGUCAGGUUGCAAGGUAGGUUUUGAGUUGAGCUUCUCUGUCUUCUGACAUAGUAUCUCUUUAAAUGUGUAUUCAUAUUUAAUUAUGUAAAAUCAAUAGUCUUCUAUGCUGUUUUAGUGUUUUAUAACACAGGACUGUGUAAAAGUUAGCUCAGCUUUGCUGUAAGCUCUUAAAUCGUGAAGUAUGUUGUAUGUAAAAUACCUGGCACUGCAUGCUGCUCCAGAGCUUUGCGACCUAGCAAUUUGAACACUUUAAUCUGCCCCCUUUUGCACACCCAGACCCUAUUUAAUUAGCUGAGGCAGCCAUUUUGUCUGA